AACAAAACAACAUAGAACCCCAUAAAUUAAAAUAAAAAAUAAAAAAAACCAAUCAAAUUCAGUCUUCUGCACAAAGAUUGUUCAUGUUCUUUAAAGCCAAAAUAUGGAAGAAAUUGUAGACAUUGAAUACAACCUUUCUGCUCACCAUUAAUUCAUAUUUAGGGGUAAAACAGUAAUUUCACAGGGAUGGCCGGAGGUGGUGGAGGAGCAAAAGCAGAUGAACCGGCACCACACCCACCAAAAGAUCAGCUUCCAAAUGUUUCUUAUUGCAUUACAAGUCCACCACCAUGGCCUGAGGCCAUACUACUCGGUUUUCAGCAUUAUAUCGUAAUGCUCGGUACAACGGUUAUCAUUCCCACGGCUUUAGUUCCUCAAAUGGGAGGUGGAAAUGAGGAAAAAGCUAAAGUGAUCCAAACUCUGCUUUUUGUUGCGGGUUUAAACACAUUGCUACAAAGUCUUUUCGGAACCAGGUUGCCAGCUGUCAUCGGGGGCUCAUAUACUUUUGUUGCCCCAACAAUCUCGAUUAUAUUAUCGGGUCGAUGGAGCGAUCCAGAUCCUGUUCAGAAAUUCAAGAAAACGAUGCGUGCGAUCCAGGGUGCGAUGAUCAUUGCGUCAACGCUUCAAAUUGUUCUCGGUUUCAGCGGCCUUUGGAGAAAUAUCGUUAGGUUUUUGAGUCCACUUUCAGCUGUUCCAUUGGUUGGUCUGGCGGGUUUCGGGCUGUAUGAAUUUGGAUUCCCGGGGGUUGUCAGAUGUGUUGAGAUCGGGCUGCCUCAGCUCAUUUUUCUAGUUAUUAUCUCCCAGUAUCUAUCCCAUUUCAUUCAUUCGGGAAAAAAUAUCUUUGACCGAUUUGCUGUUUUGAUUUCGGUGGCGAUUAUCUGGAUUUAUGCUCACUUACUUACGGUUGGUGGGGCCUACAACCAUGCAGCACCAAAGACCCAAACAAGCUGCCGGACUGAUCGCGCUGGACUAGUUGACUCUGCUCCUUGGAUAAGAGUUCCCUAUCCCUUCCAAUGGGGCCCACCUUCAUUCGAUGCCGGUGAAGCCUUUGCUAUGAUGAUGACUGCUUUUGUUACCCUUAUCGAGUCAACUGGUGGGUUCAUCGCGGUUUCGAGGUAUGCAAGUGCCACUCACAUGCCUCCGUCUAUUCUAAGCCGCGGUAUUGGUUGGCAGGGAAUUGGCAUUUUGUUGUCUGGUGUGUUUGGAACCGUGAAUGGAUCUUCAGUAUCGAUUGAGAAUGCUGGUCUUUUGGCACUGACCCGUGUGGGCAGUCGAAGAGUAGUACAAAUAUCAGCUGGUUUCAUGAUUUUCUUCUCGAUUCUUGGGAAAUUUGGAGCUAUCUUUGCAUCGAUUCCAGCACCCAUUGUUGCUGCUUUAUAUUGCCUUUUCUUUGCUUAUGUCGGGUCGGGUGGUCUGAGCUUCCUGCAAUUCUGCAACCUCAACAGUUUCCGAACAAAAUUCAUUCUAGGAUUUUCGUUCUUUCUCGGUUUGUCUGUGCCCCAAUACUUCAAUGAGUAUGAAGCUAUUAAUGGUUACGGGCCUGUUCAUACUUCUGCAAGAUGGUUCAACAACAUGGUCAAUGUUCCAUUCUCUUCUGAACCAUUUGUGGCUGGCAUUUUGGCUUACGUUUUGGACACCACGCUUCCCAAAAAAGACGGUUCGAUAAGGAAAGAUCGCGGCAAACAUUGGUGGGAUAAAUUUCAAUCUUUUAAAACCGAUGCAAGAAGUGAAGAAUUCUAUUCAUUGCCAUUCAAUCUCAACAAACACUUCCCGUCUGUUUGAAGUAAAAAAGUCAACCGUAUUCUCUCUUAUAAGGUACUUCAUUAAUGUUAUGUUAAUUUAUAAACAAACUAAUUAUAAGCUAAUUUAGUACAAGUUUAAUCCGAUCCGUGAAUGAGAAUGGUUCUUCGAAACAUUCGUUAACUAGGUUUGGCUUUUUUGUUACUGUAAAUUUGUUGAUGUUAAAGGGAUAUGAUUAAAUCUCUGUUGAGACUUUUGUUGAUGGGUUAUCAAUUUGAUUCUUGGAUGCUUUUAUACGGGUCAAAA